UUUUAUUCCCAAUAUAUUUCACUUUAUUUCUUGAUUCCUGAAUUUCUAACAUUUUGUAAUAUCGUAAUUAUCUGCUUUUUAAUAAUGCGUUUUGUAAUAAAUCAAGCAGGCUGCAGUAGUGAACGUAUAGGCAGUCUUAGAGGUUUCGUUAAAUCUCCUACUGCAUCUAUCGAAACUCCAGCUAGUGCUCUGUUUACUCAAAGUGGCAGUGUAGUUCAUUUAACCAAUGAGGUAUUGGCUAAAGUAUUUACCAAUCCGAAAUUACUAUGGGUUCCAUUGUCCAAAUCUUAUCAGUUAGAGACAGGAUUGAAAGCUCAAGGAGAGGGUGUAGCCAAAUUUGCAGGACUACAAAACCAUUUGACUUGUGUUACACUGCAUGCUGUGUCAGAAGUGACACCUACUGGACAUUUUGAAUCAGAUUUAGUUCCUCUAUGGACUAAAAACGGGAAGAAGAUGAUUUCGGCUAAUAGAUAUAUGGAUUUAAUGGAAGUAUUCAAACCAGAUAUAAUUUUGGCGAUUGCAGAUGGCCACACUUCACUUGAUGAGAGCUUCAAAAGGAUCACGAAAUCACUAGACAGAACAAGUAAUAUGCUAAAUUUGUGUGUGACACGACAAAAGGCAUCAGCAAAUUUGCAGGAUAGUUCACUAAUUGGUGUAAUAGUGGGUGUUGGUGAUGAGAGAAAAUGUGACCAAUCUAUUCGGAAUCUAUUAACACACAAAGACAGUCUAAGUGGUGUGGCUCUUGAAGGUAUAACAAAUGGGACAGAAGAAUCUUUAGCAGUGCCUAUAGAGAAAUUGGAGGCAAUUUUCAAAAGAGUUAGUAAUGCCAUCCCAAAGGACUUUUUACGCAUCAUAGAAGGCUGUUGGAAUCCAGCAGUAAUAGUGACGGCUAUAGAGUAUGGCUGGGAUUUAUUUGAUGGUUCCUAUCCAUUAAAACUGACUAAUGCUGGUCAUGCAUUAGCCUUAAAUUUAAGUAUAAAUAAAACUAGUAAUGAGAAUAGAAAAGAUGGUGACGAUCAAGAUAGUAAAGAACUUUGUAUUUUAGACCUUAAUGACGAAAGGUACAAGGAUGAUUUCCAGCCAAUAUUAGUCAAUUGCGAAUGUUUGUCAUGCAAGAAACAUACAAGAGCAUACAUUCGGCAUCUGUUGAAUACACGAGAAAUGUUAUCUUCAGUGUUACUUAGUAUACACAAUCUCCAUCAUUUUGAUCAAUUAUUCCACCACGCUCGACUUCACAUCGCCUCAAGAACUUUUGAUGCAUAUAAAAGGCACAUUAUCCAACAAUAUGACCUUUAUAAGCAGAGAUUAAAAGAUACCACAACAGAAGUGAUACAAGUCAACAUGAAUAAUAAAAAGCAGAAGAGCAAGAGGUUGCGAGUGAGUGAUGAUGACACCUCUAAUGUAGUUAAUAGUAAUAAUAGUUCAUAGUAGAUUAUUCAUUGUUAUAUAUUUAGUUUUGUACCUAAGCAGUAUUUUGGUAUAUACAUGGUAUGUACUACCCGAUUUCAUUGUAAC